AGUGACAGGAGCCGAAGCAGCAGCGCAGGUUGUCCCCGUUUCCCCUCCCCCUUCCCUCUGUGGUUGAUUUCCCGGGCCCCCUACACUCCACAACCCCGGCUCUGCCAUGUCCCAGAAACAAGAAGACGAGAACCCUGCGGAGGAGACCGGCGAGGAGAAGCAGGACACACAAGAGAAAGAAGGUAUUCUCCCUGAAAGAGCUGAGGAAGCAAAGCUAAAGGCCAAAUAUCCAAGCCUAGGACAAAAGCCUGGAGGUUCUGACUUCCUCAUGAAGAGGCUCCAGAAAGGGCAAAAGUACUUUGACUCAGGAGACUACAACAUGGCCAAAGCCAAGAUGAAGAAUAAGCAGCUGCCAAGUGCAGGACCAGACAAGAACCUGGUGACUGGUGACCACAUCCCCACCCCACAGGAUCUGCCCCAGAGAAAGUCCUCACUCGUCACCAGCAAGCUUGCGGGGUAACCUGGGCCCCCCUCUCCUCCCCUUCCUCACCCGCUGGACUUUAUGUAUUAUAGGCAGGGAUGGAAUUGGGCAGCUAGUCAGAUCCUCCCAGAUUGCUAGCCGAAAAUGCUGCUGCCGGGGCUACCGAGGAGUUCACGUGGGUUGAAGAGGGGCUCUUGAGUUCAUUUCUUUGGUUACAUGGAGACUUCCGCACCUUCACUGUAGCCCAGGUAGGGGCCGGGAAAUAGGAAGGACCAGGAUUGGAUAAUGCUGCAAACUUUUUCUCGGUGAGAAACUGGAGAGAGGUCAUUUCUCCUCUUGGACGAUAAUAUCCCAAAGUGGUUAGGCUGAGCCUUGGGAAUAAUAUGGCAGGUUGAACAGCCCUGGGCUAACCUGACGUGUUGGGAAAGGUAGAUGGGAUGAGAUGUGUUUUCUGUGCUUCUGAGUGUUGUGUCCCUCGGGCUGCUGUUGCUUUGUGUGUUCCCUGCGGCAGGCAGAGAGAGUCCUCACCCAGGCCUGAGUGGUCUGCCUGAAACUGCAGUGCCCAGUUAACCUCUACUUAGUGUGGCUUACAGAUUGCCCUGGCUCUUAAAUAAUGUAAAGAUUGGCAGACAUUGUUCACAGAAGAUGGGCACCUUCUCUCUCUCUCUCUCCCUGCAUGUUGCUUUUCAGAGUGUCAUGGGAUAGUAGGAAGAGCAGUGGUUUAGGAGUCUAGACAUCUAGGUUCUGGGUCCACUUGGCCUCAGCAGUACUGAUGUAGAACCUCAGUCAAGUCAUUUAGUCUCUUUGGAUUUCUAUUUCCUCAUUGUAAAAAUAGUU